AUGUCCACGGCGCUCGCGCUGGCGACUAAAUCGUCGGCUGUUCUCGAUGUCAUUGAUCGACUCCGUUCGGACCUUCGCGCGCUCGACGAAGCGUCUCCGUCUCGCCAAGUAGCGGCGCUCGAAUCGUUUCGCCGCAGAGACUGGAAGGUGCAAACAGAGCGAUGGAUGCUUCGUCGACGCAAGGUGAUGAAAAAGGCGCUCGGCGAGCACGUGCGUUUACGAUUCCGCGAACUUUUCGACGCCCUAGACUCGGACGGCGGCGGGGAGGUUGAAUUCGAGGAGUUCACCGAGGCUUGGGCGCUCGUCUCUGGACGCGACGCGUCGUCCAUGCGCCAAGCCCGAGAGCUCUUCGCUGGCAUCGACGUCGACGGGAGCGGCACGAUGGAUUUCGACGAAUUUGCACUGUUGAUGAAAGGACUCGAGGACGAGCGACGCGACGGCGCGGGCGCCGGGGACGAGCGCGCGGCUAUGUUUCAACAAGCGGCUUCGGCGAUGCAGACGCGUCGCACGGUGAACGACUUCAUCUCGCACUGGAGCGUCGCCCAGCGCGGUGAUCAACGAUGA